CUUAAUAUUUAAAUUUUUAAUACACCAGUAACUAAAAUCCUUCAUAUAACUCUCUUUGUCAAUUUAUAUUUUCUAUAUAACCAUAACAAAAGACCUGUUUUACCAUACCAUUGAAAACCUUAUUCGCCAAGCAGAUCCAAAAUUGUAUGACGUAACCUAAACAACAAUCACUUGUGGUAGCCUAGAUUUGAGGAAAAAUCAACUCAUUUAAGCAAUUGCCUAAAAAAGUCAAUUUUCUUUAAAAUAAAUUUAAAUUCGAAUUUCAAUAAUGUUUUUGCUGCCUUAAAAUACCUCUUCAUUCGCAAGAACACAUAUCUUCCCUUAAGUCCCACUCCUCUUCCUUUCCUUUGCUUCUUCUCUGCUCCAAAGCCAAACUCUCUUUGGUUAAUUUUUACUUAAAGCAAAAUGGUCGUUAAGUUCUCUAAUACUUUCAUUAAAGCCACUUCACUUCUCUCAUUAAUCCUCUAUUUCCUAAUAAUAGCAACAUUUGAUUCUAACUCGGUUUUGGCCGAUGACGUUGUCGACCAAGAAGAUGACCCGGAGUACUACAUUCUCGACGAAACUCCCUCGAUACUUUCAAAUGUGACAGUUUCAUCCAAAACUAGGCUACUAGUUUCCCACUACAAGAAGAUCAAGAAAGGAAUGAGAUGUCACGUCGCGAGCUACAACAUUUGCAAUGGCGUAAAAGCGAAUAAAGGGACGAGCCUCUUGCAUUGCUGCAAGAAGCAUUGUCGGAAUGUUCUAGGAGAUAAGAACAAUUGUGGUCGAUGCGGUCACAAAUGUGGUUUUGGGCAACGUUGUUGCGGUGGCGUUUGCACUUACGUUAACUUUAACCCGAACCAUUGUGGGAAAUGCACUAGGAAAUGUGGUUCCGGGGUUAAAUGUGAGUAUGGGUAUUGUGGGUAUGCUUGAUUUUUAUAUAGAAAAACAUGAAAAAGUAAGUGUUAUAUCUUAAUUUUGAGUUGUUAUAUUUUUGGUUUUUUCUUGAAGAAACAGUUAUUAGCAUACGUAAGGAUUUCACGUAUACAAAAUCUUCAUGCAUACGCAUGUAAUGAGUGUGAGUGAGAGUAUACAUAUGUAAACACAAACAUGAUUAUUUAAUAAAAAAAAUACAUAAGUAAAUAAAAUGUUAUACUUUGUAAUGUAUAGACGAUUUUUUCGUCGGUUCUUUUACAUUAUAAUAGAGACUAAUUUUUGAUCACAAAAAAUCAAGAUUAACUCAUUAAUCUGAUUUUGCUAUGAUUAUACAAAUGUCAACACACGAA